AUGGCCACUAUUGAUAAAGCAAAGGAUCUUAUGUACAAGCUUCAUAAGGCUUCUUGGGAUUCUUGGGAGGUGGUGGAGGCCAUCUUGGCGUUCAGCAAGGGGGAGGCUUUUUAUAAAAAGAUCGGGCGGGCGUGGAAGCGGGACUACCACCUCCACGGCCCGCCCGGGACGGGGAAGCCCACCAUGAUCGCUGCCAUGGCGAACCUCCUGGGCUAUUACGUCUACGACCUCGAGCUCACGGCGGUGAAGGACAACACGGAGCUAAAGAAGCUCCUGAUCGUGACCUCCAGCAGGGCGGUGAUCGUGAUUGAGUACAUCGACUGCUUUGUCGACCUCACGGGGCAGAGAGUGAAGAGGAGAGAAAAGGAGAAAGAGAAUGAGAACAACCAGGUGCUGCAUAGGAUGGGAAUGGAGGAGAAUGAGACGAAGAGCAGCAAAAUUACUCUUUCUGGGCUGCUGAAUUUAAUAGAUGGGUUGUGGUCUGCUUGUGGAGGAGCGAGAAUCAUUGUUUUCACGACCAACAAUGUGGAGAAGUUGGAUCCGGCGUUGAUAAGGAGAGGGAGGAUGGAUAAGCACAUUGAGCUGUCGUAUUGCAGCUUCGAAGGGUUUAAGGUUUUGGCGAAGAACUACGUUGGGGUGGAGUGGCAUGAGCUUUUUCCGAGGAUCGAGAGGUUGUUGGGGGAGGUGGAGAUGACGCCGGCGGAUGUGGCGGAGAAUUUGAUGCCGAGGAGCUUGGCCGGAGAUGCAGAGGAGUGCUUGGAGAGUGUGGUGAGGGCGCUCGAGGCUGAGCAGAAGAAGUUGAACGCAACAAUGAUGAAAACACCUCUCCAGCGGAGAAGAUUAACGGGAUCCUCGUCUCCGGAGGAGAAGAUAGAUGGAAUGCGAUUUGAAACAGAGGAUUCCUCGGUCGAACCUUUCAUGAAACAGUCAUUGGGGUCGAGGAUAUUAUAUAUAUGA